CGUCGAACUUUUGUGAAAAAUUGUUUCCAAAUUUCUUGAGCUUUGUCCAUCUUAUUUGCUCAUCCCUCGUGCUUUACGUAGAAAUGGCCACAUCCCUACCAGUUAAGUCCUGGUGUGAAUAUUUCGCUUCGAUUCAACACUCCCUUUAAAGACGGUUUUGUUGUGGUAAUUUUAAUUACACACUGUAGGGUUGAAUUUGCACCUGCCUCCAAGCAAAAUAAACCGCUAUCCCCGAUUUGCAUUCGUUUACAUUACGUUCAUGAGGGUAUUUUUUCUGCGGCUCAUUACUUUUUCUUAACUUGCCGACUUCACUAGUUUCGGUUGCUCAAAAAGAGUAAAAAAAACAACAGUGAAAAAAAGAAAGCCACUUCCGAUUUGCCAUUCUCAGAAAACGUGGAAGCAAUUUUUGAACUGAAAUUUUUCACUAAAAGAUGGAACUCUGAAUAAUUUAUAAACCGGGUAAGAAUUUAAUAGAUCAUAAAUAUUUUAAUUGAAAGGAAAACUAUGGAAUAAACUAAUUCAUGAACAACGUAGAAAGCUGUUUCUUUUCAUCUUCGUCUCUGGUUCGGGGACAAUUUAAACUUUGACGAUAAAUUUCUUAUUCCGCAGAAUUCAAUAUGUAUAGAGUCACGAUUGGAUUCAUCGUAGUUCUGGUUUGCUUCGUUACCUUGCCUGCUGCUAGCUAUUCAAGUCAUAAAUCGAAAUUAAUCCCUGGGACUCGUGAGAUCCGGCAAGAGCGACGAACGCGUGAAACCCGUCAGGCACAUUCUAGCGACACCAAAUACCGAUACAAAAUAGCUCUUUUGGACGUGCCUCCAUAUAUAAUGAACACAGCUAGUAACAAGUCAAACAGAGGCUUUAUGUACAAACCGCUCAUGGAGUCUAUAAAUAACGCUUGUUUUGAUGAAGAAAAAUCAACGGAAUCUCAUCUGAACUGCUUCCUGGAUUCAAUCUUUGUACGUGACUACGACGAGAUGAUCAAACUGAUUAAAGAAAAGCAAGUGGAUUUUGCUUUUCCUAUUCUGUCCGACAUGAAAGCUAAGCUGACGACUGAAACCAAUGUCACGCUCAUCCGAGCAUUUGUCUCAUCCGGGUGUUCAAUGAUAGUGAAUACAAAGUUAUGCGAGCAGGAUUCGCGGAAACAGUUGAUGACUUCCAUCACGUCACAGUGGCCGAUAUUGGCUUGUAUCAUACUUUUAUCAGGAAUAUCUGGGGUUAUCAUUUGGCUUUUUGAACAUAGAGAAAAUGAAGAGUAUUUUUCACCAUCUUUUGCAAUUGGAUCGCCUCAGGGGUUCUGGUGGGCAGUGGUAUCACUUACAACAGUAGGGUAUGGUGACAAAAUACCAAGGUCGAUUCCUGGACGGUUAUUUAGCAUAAUUUGGAUCCUUGUUGGAGCGAUAUUGUUAUCGCUGUUCACUGCCAUGGUCACAAAUGCUAUGCACACUGCUCUGGAUGGCUCAAAAUGCAAAGAUAUCAGCGGUAAAGAGGUUGGUUUGUUUAUCAAAAAUACUGAUACACAAAUUGUGGCAAAGCAGUUCGACGCGAAGAUAAUUGUGUUUAGAAGCCUGCAAGAGAUGCAAGAAAAACUCAGUGAAGGAACCAUUGGAAGAGUCCUUGUAGAUCGAAAUACUGCAUUUUACUUCCUCGAUAAAUCCGGACUGAAAAAGAACAGGCAGAUACGAAUGAUUCGCAAUAUCGAUUAUCCGAUGGAUUAUUUCUUGGUGCAUGUAUACACGGCACCAGUGAACGUUACAAAUGACACCGAUCCAGAAAUUGUCAAGAGAAAAAAAGUGGUGGAAUGUGGACCAGCAUUAAAGGAAUAUUCCACAGAAUUGCGCGCAAAAAGUAAAAAGGCCUCAGGUGACCUGAUACCCGCAGAACUGCAGACAACAGCCUUAUUUGAUCAAAUGGAUGGUUUAUUCUCAAGUGGCUCAGAAAUAACCCGGUUUAUCUUAUUUAGUCUUCUUGGGAUAUUCCUCGGACUUGUCAUCAUUGUGAUGGCUUGGGAGGGCUUGAAUUCCUGUAAUCCCGCGAUUCUAAAAAGGAAAGAUAUGCGCAAGUGUGACCAAGGAAGCGAGGAAGAUAAUCCAACCCACUUUAACAGGAAGAAAUUCGUGGCGGAGAAUUUUCAGAGUCUUGAAAAUAGACUCAGAGAAUUAUCUAGCGACUUGCAGAAGAUUAAAAAAGACUUUGCUGAAGCUCUCUUAAUCCAGGAAAGUGAUGCGCCUCCUGAAACGCUGCUGCAAUAAGGCGAGAAAUUGUACCGUUUAAAUAGCUCUAUCUUAUUUUAGCUCAUUCCUAUGAGCAGAGUUUGUAAAUUAUUAGUAAUAACAUUCUAUCUAUAUGUUCUUCUGGACGGAGGAAUUCAUCGUUAUGUCAUUUGUCACAUUUUGACAGCCACCAGACGUUUUCCAUACGUAUUACAGGUAAUUUUCGGUUUUAAAAACCCUCUUUUUCAAGUGAGCCAAGCUGCAAAUCUGUCUUAUGAAAAUAAGUUUCAUUUAACAUGUAUCAUUCUCUAAUCAAAGGUCUUGCAGUCAUCCCUGUUUUAGAUCAGAGGCCUUUUUU